AUGGAAGAACAGGCAAAACUCGUUCGCAGCCUCAAGGAAGACGCAGCGUACGGGCCUCAGCAUGAUAAAACAAAAGAAGCCAUUUCUACGUUGCUUGAACUCAAAAAGGCCCUACCAUCCACCAGCAGCGGCAGCGGCAGUAGUAGCAAAGCAGCCAAGUAUCAGCUCAAAGUACCGAAAGGCACAAAAGAUUGGAGUGACAAGGAUAUGAUUCUGCGAGAACAAAUCUUUAGCACCAUCACGCGUGUCUUCAAAGCACAUGGCGGCGUGACGCUCGAUACACCAGUCUUUGAGUUGCGUGAGAUAUUGGCGGGCAAGUAUGGAGAGGAUAGUAAGUUGAUUUACGACUUGAAGGAUCAAGGUGGUGAGUUGUGCUCCUUACGGUAUGACUUGACGGUACCCUUUGCUCGAUGGCUUGCCAUGAACCCACAGGUCCAGUCCAUCAAGCGUUUUCACAUUGCAAAAGUCUAUCGAAGAGAUCAACCUGCCAUGACGAAAGGAAGGAUGCGAGAGUUCUAUCAGUGCGAUUUCGAUGUUGCAGGGACAUUUGAGAGUAUGGUACCUGAUGCUGAAGUCUUGCGCAUUACAAAGGAGGUGCUUGAGGCUUUGGAGAUUCAAAAUUUCACCAUCAAGCUCAAUCACCGCAAGAUUCUCGAUGGUAUCUUUGAGGUGUGUGGUGUGCCGGAUGACAAGACUCGGACCAUUUCAUCGGCUGUGGAUAAGCUAGACAAGCUACCCUGGUCAGAUGUACGCAAGGAGAUGAUUGAUGAGAAGGGUUUGAAUCCUGCAGCUGCGGAUAAAAUUGGCGAGUAUGUCGUCCUCUCUGGUGACCACACACUCUUGCAGCAAUUACAACAAGAUGCCCGCCUCACCUCUAGUAAGAAGGCAUCCGAGGGUCUUGCUGAGAUGGAGACGUUGUUUCGGUACCUCAAAGUCAUGAAUGUCCUACCACGCAUCAAAUUCGACUUGAGUCUAGCAAGAGGAUUGGAUUACUACACGGGCAUUAUUUACGAAGCCGUCACGGCUGCUUCAGCACCAAAGGCCAUGCCUUCAAACAAACCGGUCGACAAGGAUGCAGACCGCAGCGAGGAUGACUCAGUAGGUGUUGGCAGUAUUGCCGCUGGUGGCCGAUAUGAUCACUUGGUGGGUAUGUUCACCGGCAAGAAACAAGGUGUUCCCUGCGUCGGCAUUUCCAUUGGCGUUGAACGUGUCUUUUCCCUCCUGAGAGCGCGUGCAACAGCUAUGCGCAGUAAUGAGGUGGAAGUCCUUGUGAUGGCUAUUGGCAAGACUGGCUUGCUUGAAGAACGUAUGGCUUGCUGUGCUGAGCUGUGGGAAGCUGGAGUCAAGGCGGAGUUUGUGUAUAAGCGCAAACCACAGCUACGGCAGCAAUUUGAGUAUGCCGACAAGUCUGGGAUCCCCGUGGGUGUGAUCUUGGGGGAGGAGGAGUUGGCUGAGGGAACGGUCAAGGUGAAGCUGCUGGGGACGGGCGAGUCGAAUGAGGGCGAGACGGUGAAGCGGACAGAGAUGGCCUCUGCCAUCAGGAAGAUGCUGGCUGAGGCUGCCACCUAG